UUCCAAUUAGCCUAAUUAUAUUUAUGGGACAGAUAAAAAUCUGUUACGUGACGUAAAUGUUGAUUACAUGUACACGAUGUAGUUGACGUGUUUACGCUCAUUUAGCAUCAACCAUGGCUAUAAGUGACUACUAUUUAUCUUCCAGUACAAAUGACAAUUUAAACUUAGGCGAUGAGGCCGUCAAAGUUGCGCUCCAAAAUUUUAAUUUGCAAUAUACUACAUUCCUAUAUUUCAAUACAACUUUUUUCUAUGGAGUUGAAUUAUUUUUACGAGUGUUCGGUCAUAAAGUAGUAGUAAACAGGGGCCAUUUUAGACCCGCAUUAACAAGAAAACUCAGUCAGUUCGUUAUAUUCGGAAGUGACACUUCCGAGGUAGAACAAUUUUUCAACGUGAUAAAAGAAUAUGAAAUGGACAACACUGGGAAGUUUAUAAUUGUUUGUCAGUCAACAGACUCAAUUGACUGCGAUGAACGAACUCUGACGAGAAUGCUCUGGGACUACAAAGUUGUUAAUGUUGUGAUUAUCAAAACUGAAACCACCCAAGCCGUGUGUUAUACUUAUUACCCUAUCGCUGACGAAGCUUGCAAUAACACGGCUCCAGUGAAGCUCGAAAAAGGCCAAUAUGUAAGAACAUCUUUUGGGGCGGUAUUUGAGAUGAAAUUUAAAAAUCUCCAAUUGUGUCCUUUGAUUGGUUCAACAUUCAUUCAGACGCCGUACAUGAACUUAGUUUUUGGCAAGCCUGUGGGUUCUGAUGGUGACCUUCUUAGAAUGAUAGCAGAAGGGCUGAACACCAGUCUUGAGAUGAUGACGCCACACCGCGGCGACGGUUGGGGAUGGAGAGAGCCCAAUGGAACCUGGAUGGGAUCUCUAGCUGACGUCGACGAGGAAAUAGCUAACUUCUCCAUGACGUCUGGUGCUGUCACUCUGACAAGGUUCUCUGACUUUCAAAUGUCCCUAAAUUAUUAUACUUCCAAUGUAGUAUGGGUCUCUCAUGUAGCCCCCGUACAGAAUGAAGCCUUAAAAUUAAUGCAUCCUUUUCGGGCAUACUCACGAAUCGCUUUGAUCGUGAGUUUUCUAAUCGUUGUUAUAUGCGCCUUCUUUGUGAAAUCGUGGUUUUGGACCUACAUGUGUCGUACGAGUAACGCGGAAACGCCUUCGAAGAGUGUAGUUUUUUAUGCUUGGAUGGUCUGCAUGGGUCAAUCACUCAUUAAAAUGCCGACCAAAUCAUCUUUCUUACAGAUGACUAUGCUCUGGGUUUGGUACUGUUUUCUCAUAAGAACGGCGUACCAAGUUUAUUUAAUCAGUUCCCUUAAAGGGAAGUUUUACGAAAAAGAUUUUGAGACGAUUGAAGAUGUUAUAAACGCGAAAUAUUUAUUCGGUGGCGGUCCAGCGCUUAAGGAUUAUUACAGCGAAUAUCCAUCUGUUUACGAUAACUGGGUUAACAUUAAUACUGCGGACAUCAUACCGACUGUCCUUAAUAUUUCACAGGGUAUGAAAUUCGUAAUAGCAAUGAAUUCUGAUACGGCUAAAAUGGUAAUCAGGAAGCAUGCAGCUAGUUUGCAUAUAUUGCCUCAAAAAGUAGUAACCAGUCCAACUGUGAUAUUUUUUAAGAAAUUUUCGCCGCUCGUGGAAUCUUUCAAUUUGAUGUUGAGCCGUCUCAUCUCAUCCGGCUUUCCUUCUAAGCUCCAUCAGAUAUAUACUAGUGUAAAGAAGAUUGAUCACGGCGGCGAGGAAGGGGAGACCCUACAAAUACUACAUUUUACCGCGUGUUACUUAAUUUUAAUAUCAGGGUGGGUAGUGUCCUUUAUUUUCUUUAUUGUAGAGUUUUAUUUUGGCAGAUAUUAUCAACACCCUACCGAGGAUUUGUAGGGUUUAUCAAAUAUCAUUAUGGAUUCAGACAUCAAUCGAUUAUUUCUAGUGACUAAUUCUGGCCUCCCCUGUAAUUUAAUCCGUAAAGGAUGUACCUUCAAAUGUUCGAUGAAUUAAAAUGGGUAGCCAAUCUAAAAAGAUCUACAAUGCAUUACUAGAAUCAAUCUUAUCUACCUAAUGACGGAAUAUUGGCUGCCAUUUAAUUUCAUGACAUGAAAAUCAGUAAUCAGGGCACAUGCAUUCGUAGAAAACAAUAAAUACCAGAUUCAUUUUUUUACGAUCCGUUCGUGUCACU